AUUUCCCUGUUGACUAUCACAGCGUUGCGGCGCUCUGCUAGGCUGGCUUGCAGGAGCAAGCUGCAACGACUGCGCUGACCCCUCUACUAAGUGUGCCGAGUCCUAAUACAAUCGUCAAUUGGUUAGACAAGCAGGAGGGAUACUUCGAGCCCUGCCGGGCGAGCGUUGCGAACGGUCUGAAAUAUGAGGAGGCUGUUUAAAGGCCUCUUUGGCAAGGUCGAUGGGCAGAACCAGAACCUGCCCAAAAUUCGGGUGGGUGUCUGCGCGAUGGACAAGAAGGCGCGCAGCAAGCCGAUGAAGGAGAUUUUGGAGCGCCUGACGGCAUGGGGCGAGUUCGAGGUCGUUAUUUUCGGCGACGACGUCAUCUGUGAGAAGCCAACGGAGGAGUGGCCUCACGUCGAGUGCAUGCUGUGCUGGCACUCUGACGGCUUCCCGCUCAAGAAGGCACAGGAGUACAUCCUCAACCGGCGCCCUUUCCUGGUCAACGACGUCUUCAUGCAGGACGCGCUGCUUGACCGGCGGCGUGUGUACAAGAUGCUGGUGGAGAAGAACAUCCCGGUGCCGACCCACAUCAUCGUGGAGCGCGAUGGGCUGCCGGAGGGCGUGACUGACCCGCCCGGGUUUGUGGAGGACGAGGACUACGUGGAGCUCAACGGCCAGCGCAUCUACAAGCCGUUCGUGGAGAAGCCCAUUAGCGGCGAGGACCACAACAUCUGGGUCUACUACCCGCACUCCAUGGGCGGUGGCGUCAAGUACCUGUUCCGCAAGGUGGACGACAAGGCCUCCAAGUACGACAGCGAGCACAAUGGCUGCGUGCGCCGCGACGGCUCCUUCAUCUACGAGGAGUUCCUGCCCACCGGCGGCACGGACGUCAAGGUGUACACCGUGGGGCCCAGGUACGCCCACGCCGAGGCGCGCAAGAGCCCGGUGGUGGACGGCAAGGUGCUCCGCAGCGCCGACGGCAAGGAGAUGCGCUUCCCGGUGCUGCUGAGCCCGCAGGAGAAGGAGAUCGCGCGCAUGGUGUGCCUGGCGUUCGGGCAGAAGGUGUGCGGCUUCGACCUGCUGCGCUCCGAGAAGGGCCGCAGCUACGUGUGCGACGUGAAUGGCUGGUCGUUUGUGAAGAAUAGCAAGAAGUAUUACGACGACGCGGCCGGCAUCCUGCGCUCCAUCAUCUUGUCCGCGCUGGCGCCACACCGGCUCAACGUGCAGCCGCACCUGCCCACCCACUCCUCCGCCACCAACCCCGACACCGGCAGCGCCGUGGUGUCUGACGAGGAGGACGACGAUGACGCGCUGGUGCCGGGCAUGGACGUGAGCGAGGUGCGCCACACCGCCAAGCGCAGCCAGAAGGAGGAGCUGCGCUGCGUGCUGGCGGUGGUGCGCCACGGAGACCGCACGCCCAAGCAGAAGCUCAAGGUGGUGGUGACCCAGGAGCCGCUGCUGGCGCUGUUCCACAAGUACAAGGACGCCAAGGGCAAGCAGGCCAAGCUCAAGAGCCCGCUGCAGCUGCAGGAGCUGCUGGACAUCACGCGCCAGUUGGUCAAGGACUUUGAGCGGCGCGAUGACGAGAAGGAGGGCGGCGUGCCGCCUCUGGGCGACGAGGCAAAGGAGGCGGCGCAAGAGGUGCGCGGCAAGCUGCGCAUCAUGCAGACGGUGCUGGAGAGCGGCGGCCAGUUCAGCGGCAUCAACCGCAAGGUGCAGAUCAAGCCGCUGCGCUGGGGCGUGGCGCCCCCCGCAGCUUCCGCCAGCGACGGCGUGGCCUCGCCCACUGCGGCGGCGGCGCCGGUGGCGCACGCGGGCCCCAUUGCGGGCGCGGGCGGCUCCAUGGAGAUGCUCACAGGGCUGGGCUCAGGCAUAGACGUGGGCUCCUCCUCCAUGGCCACGCUGCACAACUCGCCGUCCGUGGGCGGCGCCGUCAACGCCAGCAGCAGCGCCGGGCAGCCGGUGCUGGAGGAGGGGCUGCUCAUCCUCAAGUGGGGCGGUGUGCUCACGCACGCGGGCCGGCAGCAGGCGGAGGACCUGGGCAAGAUCUACCGCAUGGUCAUGUACCCUAGCGGUGGUAACGGGCUGCUGCGGCUGCACUCCACCUACCGCCACGACCUCAAGAUCUACUCGUCAGAUGAGGGCCGCGUGCAGACCUCUGCCGCCGCCUUCACCAAGGCGAUGCUGGACCUGGAGGGUGCCAGCCUGACGCCCAUCCUGGUGUCGCUGGUGAACAAGGACGCGUCCAUGCUGGAGGCGUUUGGCAAGGGCGCCAGCGACGACAUCGCUGAGGCCAAGGAGGCGCUGUACCAGGCGAUGACUUGGGAUCCAGAGAAGCCCGGUGAUAAGCCGCUGGCCGUCAGCAAGCUGUCGCACACGCCCAUGAUCAGCCCGCCGCUGUCGCCCAAGGUCAGCCGUGCCUCCUCCUUCGCCGCCAAGAGCGCCGGCGGCGUCGCCGCCGCGGCCGCAGCGGAGGUGUCGUCGCUUCAGACCAUGUCCAGCGUGGAGGCUGCGGCCACAGCCAGUGUGCCGCCGUCGGUGUCGCCGGCCGCCGCCAACCCGACGGUGCUGCCGGUCCUGCAGCGCAUGAUUGAGCGCCUGGCCGGUCUGAAGGCGGCGGCGCGCGAGCGCAUGGCAGAGCAGCAGAAGGAGGCGGAGCGCGAGCGCGAGCGGGAGGCGGUGGUGGCCACGGGCGCCGCCGCGGCGGCGGAGAAGGAGCAGAAGGAGAAGGAGGAGAGGGCGGCGAACCCUGGCCCCCGGCCCGCCUCCUCUGGCGGGGCUGCAGAGCCGGCCACCGAAGGCGCCGCCACGGCGGGUGCGGACGAGGCGGACGAUGAGGGGCCCGCUGGGGGCGAGCCGGAGGCGAAGCUUCCUGCCGCACCUGUUCCCGCCGCUGCUGCGCCUGCCGAUGCCGCCGCCGUCGACUCGGCGCACCCCGCGCACGACCACCCUGCGUCCGGCAAGCCGCCGCCGCACCCCUCCGGGGCCGGCGGGCUCGCGCGCAGUUCCGUCGCCGCUCACGGCGCCCAUCGGCCCAGCCCACUCUCCAAGCGCUCCUUUGAGCCCGCCGCAGCCGCCGCCGGCUCGGCGCACACUCACACGCUGCUGCGGUUGGGCUCGCCCAGCGCGGUAGCCAUCAUCGCGGGGCUACCGGACACGCCGCUGGGGCUGCUGCGGCGCCUGGUGGAGCUGCUGCGCAAACUGGAGGACCGUCUGCGGCAGCUGGUCCGCGAGGACGGUGUGGCGGGUGUGCGCGCCGGCGCCAAGUACAGCUCUCUGUCGAUGGACCCCAAGGAGCGCGUGCACGAGGAUGGCCAGCCGUGCGGCGGGGAGAAGAUGCUGCUCAUGUUUGACCGCUGGCACAAGCUGCUCAAGUCGUUCCACAACGAGAAGAAGGACCGGUUUGACAUCAGCAAGGUGCCGGACAUCUACGACAGCGCCAAGUAUGACGCAAUCCACAACGGCCACCUGGGGCUGGACGUGCUGGAGGAGCUGUACGUGGUGGCCAAGCUGCUGGCCGAUGUGGUCAUCCCGUGCGAGUACGGACUGGACUCGGGCGGCAAGCUGCGCAUCGGCUCCAAGAUCGCCAACGAGCUGCUGGGCAAGCUGCUGGUGGACCUGGCGUCCAUGCGCGAGGAGUCCAUGGCCACAGCCUUCAUGGAGCCGGGCGCGGGCGCGCGGGGCGGCGCCGGCACGCCGGGCGGCACCCUGGGCUUCAACUACGACCAGCUGGAGGGAGACGUGGGCAGGAUCUCGCUGCAGGAUGAGGCCAUGGUCAAGCACCACAGCCACGGCGGCCUGCGCGCGGGCCCCGCCUCCGCUGUCAGCUCCUCACGCGGUGAGCAGCGCGACCGCAGCGGGCCCGCGCCCUCUACCUCCGGCACCGGCGGCGGCGGCACGGAGGGCGGCGCAGCCGCCGACGGCGCGCCAGGCAGCGCUGGCAACACCACCAGUGGCGGUGGUGCCGGCGGCGGCGAGAUGGAGCCCGCUGAGACGGAGACCAUCCACCGGCUGUGCCCCACAUACGCCUCAGAUAUCAACUCGCCCCUGCGCCAUGUGCGCACGCGCAUUUACUUCACGUCGGAGUCGCACAUGCACUCGCUCGUCAACGUGCUGCGCUGGUGCCACGAGGGGCCGGAGGCCGCCGACUGCUGCCCACCGCCCAUCACGCCGCCGUCAGGCACCGGCGGCAACAGCAGCCCCGACCUGCGUGCCUCCGCCGGCGGCGCCGCCGCGGCCGCGGUGGCGGCUGCUCUCGCGACGGAGGGCGGCGCGUCGUCACCGGUGGCGGGCGCCGCCAGUGGCGCGGCGGGCGAGCCGGCGUACGGGCGGCAGUUUGACAACUCGCCGCUGCUGAGCGCGAACGCCUGCGCGCAGCUUGAUGACACCACCGAGCUGGACUACCUCACGCAGGUGGUGUUCCGCAUGUACGAGAACAAGACGGUGCCGGUGGAGAGCCCUGAGCGCUUCCGCGUGGAGGUGCUGUUCAGCCCCGGCGCCAACUACAACCCCUUCGACUUCACCAUGCCGCUGCACAACAACCACGUGCUGCCCACCAUCCCGCGCACCGCGCUCCACAAGGGCGACGGCAUCACGCUGGCGGAGAUGGAGGAGAAGCUGCUGCCGUUCUCGCAGACUCGCAAGUUCAACACGUGCAGCUACGCGCUGCAGUACAGCCUGCGCGCGCCGCACUUGAUCCACGGCGGCGUCAACAGCCGCUACGGCAGCACGGGCGCGCUGGGCCACAACGGGCGCAGCACAGCCUCCAUCGCCGGCAAUGACUCCACUGGAGACCUGGCCGCAACCAAGGGCGCGGGCAAAGAGAAGGCCGUAGACAAGGAGGCGAAGGAGAAGGAGGCAAAGGAGAAGGAGACGAAGGAAAAGAGCGCGGAGAAGGAGAAGGAGGCGAAGGAAAAGAGCGUGGAGAAGGAGAAGGAGGCGAAUGAGGCGUAAGCGGGUGGAGCAGAAGAUGCCCGUGCAGGGCAGAAGUGGGUGGGGUCUGCCGCGCACCAGACAUGACGUGAUGCAGCCUGUGUUGGUGGUUGAAUAGCUGGAGAAACAAAAGAGUGGUGCAGGCAUUUGGUUGCCAGCGAGCAGCAAUGGUACUCGUGGGAUUGCACGUAAGGCAUUUCUUCUGCAUCGAUACCCGAUGUACAUUGCCUUGUAGCAGGUUAUGCAGUGCGUCGCACGGCGCGCAUGAGGAUAUUACAGGGGGCCUCGGCAACUGUUGCCGAGGCUCGUGGAGGCCCGUCUGCAAGCGCGCGAUGCACGUGCAUGUGUCGGACUUGGGGCCAGAGGCUGCAGCUACGGCUGUAGUGCGAGCGAACUGGGUAGCUGAGGGCGCAGGCGCAGCAAAUUCAUGCGGUGCACCGAGGGGCCCAUGUGGCAGCGUAGGAAUGGUGCCGUGAAGCCAGUUGGUGUGGCUCAAUAGGCUCAGACCAGGAGAGGCUCAGGCACAUGCGAACGGCAUGGCGUGAUCAUUAUAAUGAGCACGGUAGAAUGAGGUGUGGGUUACAGGGUUCUAGUACCGUAGUGUUGGUACAACUGAUGACGGAGGAUCCGAGGUUGUUUUGUAAGAGCGCGAGCUG